AUGUCUGACUCUGACCCCCAGGCAGGGCUGCCCCUGGGGCCCCUGUGCUCCAGCUCCAGCAAAUGAGACAAACUGAAGGGGGUGCCCGGCUGUCUGUCUGAGGAGGGCUGCCAGGUGAAGGUGCUUGCACAGCCAUGUGGGCCAAGGAGGAACAGGGGCAGGUCCCAUAUCUGUCCACCUGUCUGUGCUGUGGUUUCACCUGGCCCAGGACCUGAUGAAAGGGAACUUCCUGGGGCUUCUGAGGUGAGACCGCACUGAAAGCUGAGCUGGAUCAUGUGAGGCUGGCAAUUCUGCUGCCUUGGUAUCUAUGGUGGGGAGCAGGGUCCAGACUCGUCUCCACCUCCAGUCUCAGCGACUUCUCUUUUUGGAACAUGGGAUGCCUGUGGGUGGCUCUCAGAGAGACUGCUCUGUGAGCACUGGCCUGGGUCUCUGAUCCCAGCCCCUUGAGGCCCUCACCCUGGUGGGUUUUGAGAUGCCUCCCUCCCGAUCCCUGCCCAUAAUUUUUGGGUACCCACUCUGGGCUGGACCCCAGGAUCCUGAAUGGCCCAGACACUGCAGGGCUGCUUUCCCUCCAAGUGGUCAGUGUGGAGAGCAGUCCCAUUGAUGAGAUGACUAUGUUGAGGGAGAGGGCUCACCAGGUAGGCGUGGAGGUGCCUUGGAGGAAGGACUCUUUGAGCUUUCAAGCCUGGCCUCGUAGAUGAAGAGAAAUUCACCUCAGGGAGUAUAAGUGGUGGCACCGUGCUGGCGGGAAUACUAAAAGACUCUUGGGAUGGGGACGUGGACUCCUGGAUGACAGUUUGCAUGACCAACUGCCCGACGCUCAUUGUCAUGGUGGGGCUGCCUGCCAGGGGCAAGACCUAUAUCUCCAAGAAGCUGACUCGCUACCUGAACUGGAUUGGUGUGCCCACGCGAGAAUUCAACGUUGGCCAGUAUCGCCGGAACAUGGUCAAGACAUACAAGUCGUUUGAGUUUUUCCUUCCAGACAAUGAAGAGGGCCUGAAAAUCAGGAAGCAGUGUGCCCUGGCAGCCCUCCGCGACGUUCGGCGGUUCCUUAGUGAGGAGGGGGGACACGUGGCGGUUUUUGAUGCAACAAAUACCACCCGAGAACGAAGAGCCACCAUCUUUAAUUUUGGGGAACAGAACGGCUACAAGACCUUUUUUGUCGAGUCCAUCUGUGUGGAUCCUGAGGUCAUAGCUGCCAACAUCGUGCAAGUGAAACUGGGCAGCCCCGACUAUGUCAACCGUGACAGUGAUGAGGCCACGGAGGAUUUCAUGAGGCGCAUUGAGUGCUAUGAGAAUUCGUACGAGUCGCUGGAUGAGGACCUGGACAGGGAUCUGUCCUACAUCAAGAUCAUGGACGUGGGGCAGAGCUACGUGGUGAACCGUGUGGCCGACCACAUCCAGAGCCGCAUUGUGUAUUACCUUAUGAACAUCCAUGUGACACCCCGCUCCAUCUACCUCUGCCGGCACGGGGAGAGUGAGCUCAACCUCAAGGGCCGGAUCGGCGGGGACCCAGGCCUGUCCCCCCGGGGCAGGGAGUUUGCUAAGAGUCUGGCCCAGUUCAUCAGUGAUCAGAACAUCAAGGACCUAAAGGUCUGGACAAGCCAGAUGAAGAGGACAAUCCAGACGGCCGAGGCACUGGGUGUGCCUUACGAGCAGUGGAAGGUUCUCAACGAGAUUGAUGCGGGCGUCUGUGAGGAAAUGACCUACGAGGAAAUUCAGGAUCAUUAUCCACUGGAAUUUGCCCUGCGAGACCAGGACAAGUACCGGUACCGGUACCCCAAGGGCGAGUCCUAUGAGGACCUGGUCCAGCGACUCGAGCCUGUCAUCAUGGAGCUGGAGAGGCAAGAGAAUGUGCUGGUCAUCUGCCACCAGGCUGUGAUGCGCUGCCUCCUGGCCUACUUCCUUGACAAGGCAGCAGAACAGCUGCCCUACCUCAAGUGUCCACUGCACACAGUCCUGAAGCUGACCCCUGUGGCCUAUGGUUGUAAAGUGGAGUCCAUAUUCCUGAACGUGGCGGCUGUGAACACGCACCGGGACAGACCUCAGAAUGUAGACAUCUCGAGGCCUCCGGAGGAAGCCCUUGUCACAGUUCCUGCUCACCAGUGACUGUGUCAAGUCCACUCUGACUCCCAGAUAGGUGACUUGUGCAGACAAGAUCACUUCAGGCCCUCUGGUCUUUGUGACAGUCACCUCACAGAAACACCCUCAAAGCCAUACGUGGCUGGUGGCACCCAGAACCCCCGCCCCAGCCCACCUGUUUCCUUAUUGACAGUGACAGGGCUGUACGUGGUGCCCAACCUGCUGCUAAAUAUCAUUCGGCCUGACUGUGUCUGCCCAGGCCGGCGAGAGGCUGCCCAGCACCUGGUCCUCUCUCACCGGCCGGGUGGGCUUUGUGAGUGUGAAACCCAACAAUGUGAAACGGAAAGCACUUGCUGUGAUGUUUCCACCCACCGAGGCUGAGCUGCCUGGGCGGCCCCAGGUACCUCUGCAGAGGCUCUGCGGUGGUUCCUUUCUGAGCCAGAGGCAAGGUCUUCAUGGGAUCCUGAGCUGCUGCUGCCUCGGGGAGCAGGAGUCAGCCCUCCCCAUCCCGCCCCGCCAGGAGCCGAAGAGGUUCCUGCAGGGCAGCCGUCUCCACUGGCCAGACCCCUGGGGUCGCGCUCAGGACGGCGUUGUGCUCACUCAGCACGUGCGGACGCACAGAAACACGCAGGGAGCGGAGCGUUUGCGGUCACCCCUUCCCAUAUGCCUACACUGGAAUACCUGUGGGAGCAGGUGGCAGCCCUCCUUGACUGCACUCCCGGGACAGCACAGGGGGAGGCCGUUGUGUGAGUUCCCAUCUCAAGUGCUCAGGGGAGAGGUUGCCCUCCUGUCUUCCUCUCCCCACUGUGUCACCAGGCUACCUCGCCCGCUGCUGCCUGUGUCCACACCGGAGCGUGCACCGGCGGCAGGGACCCGAGUUUGCUGUGAAGGAUUCAGAAGAGCCUGUGUGGUCCUGUAAAGCCUGUCCUGUGGGACAGAGCAGGGUAAAGGCCGGAACCCAAGCAGCCCCCAGCCAGAGGAGGGUUUUCCAGCCGCGUCCCAGCUUUUGAUUCAUGUGCACAGGAGCCUGAUGAAAAUGACCUCGGGCAGCCUGCCAGCUCUCAUGCCCAUGAGUUCUUUCGGGCUCAGAGAGAUGGGCUGGGCAGCAGGUACUGGCUCCCUUUUGUAGCUGCGAAAAUGGACUGGCCAGCAAGUUGUACAGCUGGGUGAGAAAGUGUUUGGAUGCGUAGUUGGAUGCCCUGCUGACCACAGGUGGUCCUUGGUGAAGCCAGGCCCCAGGAUCCUGUGUCCCUGGCCUGGGCUGUUGGUCUCUUGGCCUCAUGUCUGUAGCAGCGGUGGACAAACACGUGUGGAGAGGUGUCCCAGAUGGGGCUGUGGCGGGAUCCUCCUUCUGGACUUACCUCCUGGCAGAGCCCCAAGCCCCUCAGCCCCAGGGCCAGAGGACCAGGCACUGCCUUUGGGACAUGGGGACUGCAGCCGUUGCUUCCGUGUCCCCUGGAGUUGUGACUUUUGGUCACUUGGACACGCUCACUUGUUGGCCAACAGUCCCUUUAGCCAGAGACACAUACAUCUAUAUGUCACCACCUCUCUAGGACCUCAGGCUGGCUGAGGCAAGACCAGUGAGUCCUUCUCUCUCUGUGUCCAGAGGGCAGUCAGGAGUUGCUGGGCCAGGAUGUGUGACAAGGACUGGGUUGGAGCGGAAGGAAGUCUGGGGUCCCAGCAGGGGCUCACCCCGGAACCCUCUCUGCAGGGGCAGCAGCCCGCUUGGUUGGCUGCCAGGUCUUGGCUGUGAUGGUCGAUGUGCUCCUGUUGCAGAUGUUUUCCCUGCUCCCCCUGGAAUGGGUGUUGUUGGAGCUCAGCCACACAACACACUGUCCAGCCUUCUUUGCAAUAAAUAACUUUUUUAAUAAA